UGAGCUAAAUUGGGAUUUUUGAUUCUUCUUCUUUUUUAGCUUAAUUUAAACAUGACAUACCGGAUAAAAGCGUUUUCAUUCUCACCUGUUUUGCCUAAAGACCGGAUUGUCCAACCUGAAAUAUCUAUCCAGGAACAGAUUACUCUGAUCAUUUGAGUCAGACUAAAUAUUUAAUCUUGACGUGUAAAAUGUGCAGGAACCAUGUAAUAACCCCACUUUCCAACUCUCUGAUCACAACGUGCAGCUGUGCGUUCGCUCCAUGGCGUCUUUGGAGACGAUCGGCCCUCUGAUGGCCGGGAUGAAAUCUCGAGCAGACGUGGCCGGGCUGGCGUGUGAAGCUCUCAACCGGAUGUUUCAGAAAGAGCAGACAGAACUGGUGGCUCAGGCUUUAAGGGUGGAGCUGGUUCCAUACCUCCUGAAGCUACUGGAAGGCAUCGGCCUGGAGACGCUAGAAAACCCUUCAGCUACUAAAGCGCAGAUAGUCAAGGCGCUCAAGUCUAUGACUCGCAGUCUGCAGUAUGGAGAGCAGGUGAAUGAAAUCCUUGCGAGGUCUUCAGUGUGGAGUGCCUUCAAAGACCAGAAGCAUGAUCUUUUCAUCUCAGAGUCUCAGACUGCAGGCUACCUGACGGGUCCAGGAGUUGCAGGUUACCUCACGGCAGGAACUGGCUCCACAGUAUUGUCCAGCGUCCCACCCCCUGUAGACAACGACAGCAGAGACCAAAGCUGAAAGAGCGACAUAGUCGCGCUAAGGCUCCCAGACUGCGGCUCGGAGAGGGGGCCGCUCGGCUCCCCAAACAUCAGAAGGGACGCGCUUUUCGUUUGAUUUUUACCCAGGAAGCACUUCGGCAAAACCGUGAGUGAAACGGUCACUGGAACUGACUAGUAUAUAUUCCACUGAGAGAAAGUAACUUUAACAUCAAACAGACCUUUCUCAACAGGUGAGGGUUCACCUCCUCCGUCUAUAAUCAGACAUUUAAGGGACUUGAAACCGCACCUCCAGACCCGGGCCGGGGGGCAACCGCACCUCCAGACCCGGGCCGGGGGUCAACCGCACCUCCAGACCCGGGCCGGGGGGCAACCGCACCUCCAGACCCGGGCCGGGGGGCAACCGCACCCCCAUCUCAACUCCGUGCCUUAAUCACAGGAAAUGAGCUUCUGCAGACACGAAUGACUUUGACUGAUUUUGAAUCUUAUGUGAAAGACUAGUGCAAUUUGUGAGAUGUUCAAUGUAAUAUUACGUAUAUAAACUUUCGAUAUUGAAUGUACAUUUGAAAAUGAAAUCAGUCACAUCUUGUACAUAAAAUUUUAAGAGUAAAAGGGAACC